UUGGUUACGGACGGCGUCGCCGUUGCCGUGGUGACGGUACACAGCGAGCGGAGAGGAGGCCGCCAUGUUUGUUUACUGCACCGUGUGACAGUCCCGGCACCGGCUGUAGAGGAACUGAGAUUGGCCAGCCAGUCCCAACAAUGCCGGAGUCUGCAGCCAAUGAGAAGGCGGCGGUCCCCGCGCCGCUCCCUGUCCAGCAGAGAAAUGCAGCGGCUGACCUUAGGAAGAUGCGUCGGAUCAUCACAGAGGACUACAGCUGGUCCCUGGCAAUCGUCCCACUUCUCACCGACUUCUGUCUGCAGCACAUCGUCAAGAACUUUGAGCAUAAACCUAUUCUGGAUAAGUUGCUCCCGAAGCACAGGGUCAAAGUCUUGGACGCUCUCUCCACCUCUCUGCCCCUUCAGGUGACGGCAAAUCUGAUCAGUUCUGAAGAAUACUGGAGACGUUGUUGUGUUGAACGUUGGCCCGUCUGUGACGUCUCCCGCUAUGGAUCUAGCUGGAAAAGGUUAUUCUUCGAAAGACACCUGGAGAACCUCAUCGAACGCUUCAUACCUGACGUGACCGAGAUACGGACCAUCUGUGAGGCUGCUGAGCUCAGCAAGGACUAUGUGAAGAGGUUGGACAUCCAGCAACUGCUGCCACCGGUGAGGGUGGAGAUCAAGAGGGACGAGGAGAGCGAUGAUGAAGGAAGUGAGAUCGGUGGUGACCUUCCCUCCAUGGACCACUUUGAUUUCAACCUCAUAGCCAAUUCCCUACAUGGUCUAGAGGAACUGCACCUUGUCUAUGGGGUUAAAGGUUGCGGCAUGAACUUUGAGUGGAACCUUUUUAGGUUCACAGAGCGGGACUGCAAUCUGCUGGCGGACACCUUCAAGACGUUCAGAGACCUGAAGGUCUUCAGGUUGCACAAAAGCAAAGUGGACGAUGACAAGGUCCGUAUCCUGAUCAGGAAAUUACUAGACCAUCCAUCUCUGGUUCACCUUGACCUGUCACACAACCAGAUCUCAGACCGCGGAGCCCGCGCUAUCGGCAAACUACUGAACCAGAGCCAGCUUCAGAUCCUCAACCUGUGUAAUAACAACGUGGGUCUGCAUGGAGCUAAGGCCAUUGCUCACGCCUUGUCCAAAAACACCACCCUCAAUACGCUGAAUCUACGCCUGAACCACGUCGGGGAUGAGGGUGGCCAGGAGCUCUCUAACGCUCUGCUGAAAAACAGCGCCCUAGUAACUCUGCAUCUGGGGAGCAACGAGCUGUCUGAACCCACUGCAACUGUCCUGGCACAGGUCCUCACCCAGAACACCACACUCAAGAGCAUCAGCCUCUCCAGCAACUGCAUUGGAUUGGAUGGCGGGAAGCACCUGCUGGAAGGGAUGUCGGAGAACAAGACCCUGCUGGAGUUUGAUCUGCGGCUGACCGAUGUGGGACAGGAGAGCGAAUUCUUCAUAAACCAGGUUCUGAGAAGCAAUCAAGAGCGGGCCCGACUACAGAGCCAACCAAAAACGGCACCAAGCCAAACCCAGGCUCUGCCCCAGAUGUACUAAAAAUGAUGUUUCCAUCACUAGGAGACAAGAAACGUUCUAAAAUCCUCCAGUGUGAUGUCUGGUUAGAGCCAGCCAGAGGGGUGAGGGGGCACAAAUAUACAUAUACCAAGUACAUAAUAAAUUAUAUGCACAAAAAUGUACAGUGUUGUUGGAUUGUUUAACCACUUAAGACCCGGACCAAUAUGCAGGUUGGG